AUGUCCGGUCCGUCCGCUGGAACUCAUAAAUGUGCCCAGUGCAGUGGGCAUCCUGACUGGGUUGGGGGGGACCUGUGUGCGAGGUCACCCCCUCUGGACUGUAAGCUCGCGGCGGCCCGGAGACCGUUCUGUUGUACUCUCCCAAGCGCUUCGCACAGCGCUCGGCACACAGUCUUCAAGCAACUCGACAGGGUAAGAUCUGGGGGAGGCCUGAGUUUGAGCUGGAAGAGCUGGGGGCCUCUGGGUCUGACCCUAAGUAGCAGGGGAUGUCCAGACUGCGGGCGGCGAGGCCUUGGUCUCCCCGAGCCCCGGGAGGGGGUCUCCACGCCAGGGGAGUGGCCUUGGCUGGCCAGCGUGAGGCAUCGGGGGAAACACAUCUGCAGUGGCUCUCUCAUCGCCGAGGCCUGGGUCCUCACGGCCGCCCACUGCUUUGACAGGAUCUCCGUGGCGGACCCCGGCUCCUGGUCGGUGGCCCUGGGCUCCCUGCAGCGCGAUGGAGUAGACCCGGGGGCGAAGGAGGUGGCCGUGGUUUCCAUCCAGCUCCCUGGGGGUUACAACCGCUACACCGAGGGCUCGGACGUGGCCCUGCUCCAGCUGGCCCCCACUGGGGACCCCGGAGGGGCCGCCUCUCCCAUCUGCCUCCCUCGGCCCGGACACCGCUUCCCCUUUGGGGCUUCCUGCUGGGCCACGGGCUGGGGCCAGGGCACCGAAAGGGCCCCCGGGACUCUCCGGAACCUGCGCCUCCGCCUCAUCAGCCGCCCCACCUGCAACUGUCUCUAUAACCGGCUGCACCUGCGGCCCCUGUCCAGUCCGGCCCGACCGGGAAUGCUGUGUGCCGGAGCCCAGCCGGGGGUCCAGGGGCCCUGCCAGGGAGACUCAGGGGGUCCGGUGCUGUGCCAAGAGCCAGAUGGACGCUGGGUCCAAGCUGGCAUCGUCAGCUUCUCGACCGGCUGCGCCCGGGAGGACGUCCCCGUGCUGCUGACCAACCUGGCUUCCCACACCCACUGGCUUCAAGCCCGGGCCCGGGGGGCCACCUUCCUCUCCCAGGGCCCCGACGUCCCCGAGGGUCGCGACGAAGACAGUUGCGUUGCAUGUGGCUCACUGAGAGGGGAGGGGCCGCACCCCGGAGCCCCCUCGUCAUGGCCCUGGGAUGCCCGGCUGUGGCAUCAGGGGCAGCUGGUUUGCGGUGGGGUCCUGGUGUCUGAGGAAGUGGUGCUGACGGCUGCCCAUUGCUUCAUUGGGCGGCAGUCCCCGGAGGAAUGGCGUGUGAGGCUGGGCGAGGAGGAGCGGGGGCUGAGGCGGCUGGCCCUGCACGGGGCCUACACCGACCCCCGACGGGGUCACGACCUGGCCCUGCUGGUGCUGUCCCAGCCCGUGAUCCUGGGCCCCGCGCUAAGGCCCCUCUGCCUCCCCUACGCCUCUCACCGCCUGCCCGAAGGAGGCCGCGGCUGGACCCUGGGCGGGGCCCCACACGGAGCAGGUUGUGACUGGCCCCGGGCAGUCCCUGUGACCAUCCUGGGCCACCGGGCCUGCGGCCGACUCCCCGCUGCUCCUGGGGGCCAGGGGGUCCCCAUCCUCCCUGAAAUGGUCUGCGGCAGCGCCUUGGAGGAGAUGCCCCGCUGUGAGGCCCUUUCCGGGGCGCCCCUCGUGCACGAAGAGAGGGGCACGUGGUUCCUGGUUGGUCUGCACAGCUUCGGCAACCCCUGCGGGGGCCCGACGCCUCCCGGGGUAUUUACGUCCGCCUCCGCCCACGAGGAUUGGGUCAGCGGCCUGGCCUGGCAGGUCUACUUCGCCGAGGAGCCCGAACCCGAGGGAGGCAGCUGCCCUGCUAACCGAAGUGCCACGUGACCCCGGCGGCAGCGAGGUCCAGGGGAAGACGUGCCUCCUACCCACCUGGCCAGCCCCUCGAGGAGGAGGAAGAGGUAGGCUGGGGCCCCUCCGGGAUUCGGGAACCCGACGGGCCGGGGGGCGAAGUUGACAGCGACUGUUCCUGGAAGGAAGAAAAGGCGGCACCCCGGCCAUCCAGCGCGCUGACCUGACGGAAGGGCCCUGCGGGGCAGGGAGUCCUGUGGGCGAGUCUUUCUGCAGUUGACUACUUCCCCUCUGUGUCCGACUUCACCCAGCGGACCCGCACCUCCCACCCCCCAACAAGGGGGUUGCGGGGGGCGGCCCGGGCCCCUAGGCCAGGGCAGGAGGUAGCCAAAUCAGCUCUCGAGGGGCAGGACCGCCUGACGGGACCCGGAGGGACAGCGGCGGUCGCUCUCCUGCUCCGAGGUGACCCGCUCCUCCCAAGCCGGAGCGUAGGAGGCCCUAGUUCCAGGACCCUCCCCGUUUGUCCCACGUCAAGCGUGUUGCUCGUGCCGCGUCCGGGGCGGUGACCCCCAUCUGCUCUACCCCACCUGGCGUGGCCCGCGUCCCUCCUCUGAGGUCCAGCCAUCUCACGCACCUGAAUUUCCCGGCUUCUCUCUCGAAAAGACUUCCUUAUUUUUUUUUUUUGGAGCAAGUUUUUCUUUUUUUUAAAACUUAAAUAAAACCUUAC